GGAAAAGAUACCUCUGUUCGAUCUGUUCCAUCUAUCUAAUCUCAUCAUCAUAAUCUCAGCAUCUCAAGCCACUCGCUCAAAAAGAAUUGGUUCUACACAAGGUAAAAUGAUCAGUCCAGAAAGACUCUCCGCCAACAUUGCCAACAGUGGCAUUGUCCAAGACAACAAACUCAAGAACAACAACAACAGCAAGAUCACAAUGACACAACAACGGAUAACACCCACCACCAUGACCAGCAGCAUGAAGAAGAAGAACGCUACCCAAAGAACAGCAGCACGACGACGAGUCCACUUUGACGAUUCGGCAGUGGCAACAGUGGUAUUGAUUGACAAGAUCUCACAAGACGCAAAGGGCCGGGUAUGGUACAACAAGACCGAACUGAAUGACUCGUAUGACGAGGAAUUGAUGGAAAUGCAGCAAUGCUCGGAACGGUGCUUUCACAAACAUGCUACUAGCAAAUGUGAACAGCACACCAUCCGUGGUCUUGAAUCCAACAUUUGCUUGCCCGUCUACCCAUCGCACAAGCAUGUCCGCCAUGUCAUGACAUUUUACCGCAUUCAACUCAAGCAGCACAAGGGAGAUUGGGAUCCACAGGGGUUGCGACGAGCCUCCAAAUUUGCAUCCAAAGAACAUCGACGAGAAGCAGUCAAGCGGGGUAAGAAGGAUCACAUGGAUGCCACAAAAGACGACGGCAACAACGAGUCGAAAGGUCGCUUCACAACUCUAAUGAAACGGGUCGCCACGGCGUGGUAAAAAGCAAUAAUGCGUUUAGACAUUCAUUGUACGGUACGCUUCAUAACAUAGACAUCAUUGACUGUAC